AUGGACGAGGCGUCCACGUGGGAGCACCUCCCUGCCCACGAGCACAAGUUCGUCUGGGACGAGGCCGAGGGCAAGUUCUGGAGAGACUUCAACGCCAAGCAAGAGGCUCAGCAUUCCGACAAGGAGCGAGAAUAUCAGCUGGCCCUGACGGACGCAAAGGUCGAGCUGGGCAAGCUGGAUGGAAAGCGGAAUGAGCUGAGCAAGGUCCGCGAGAGGCUCGCCCUGGAGCUGAGCCAAGUCGACAAGGAGCUGGCCCACGUCGUCACCGAAUGCGACGGGAGGACCGAGAUUAUCCUCGCCAUUGAGCGGAAAUACCGCCAUGAGGAGCAGGACUUUCUGCAGCAGAGGGAAAAGGUCACCGAGACCAUGAUUCGCUGGUUUCAGGAAAAGCGAGAUGCUGCGGCCAAGGCUCGAGCUGAAGCGGGAGACGAUCAGGCCAUGCCUAAACCCGCCGGCGCCCCUCGAGAAACCACCGACAGCGAUGCCACCGAGAUGGAAGGGGUGGAAUACUGGAACGAUUUGCCCCGGCGGCCCGCCGUGGUCACUCGACAGGUGGCGGCAAAGACGCCCAUAGCGCCCAUUGCGCCGUCGUCCUCGUUCAAGGGCCUUUUGCAGGAGCCAGUCGAGGCUCUGGUCGACCUCGUCGACGCCGACGGCCGAGUCAUCGGGCCCAUCAACAAGACGGAGCCGUGGAAUCAAUGGGUCAAGGCUAUCCUGGGCCUGCCCAUCAAGCGUCCGGUCAAGAUUCGCCGCGGGCGCAAGUUCACCACCGACCACCUCGCUGGCAUCUACGAGCACACGGAAGCAAAGGGCGUCAAGUGGCUGUCCUGCAUGAUCCAGGCCAUUGGCGAGGUCCAGGCCCAGCGGUGCAUAUCCUGCGACAAGAACCAGGGCGCCUUUGACGACUGCAUCAUCAUUGGCGGGCCGCUUUUUCAAAAGUGCGGCAACUGCGAGUGGAAUCGCCAGGGCUGCCAUGGAGCGGCUCUGCGCAAGGACCGCGGCCUGGGAGAAUCCCCUGCUGCGGACGAAGAGGUCUCUUCUGAGGGGACGCCUCGAGAAGAUGAACAAGCCUCAAAGGACACGGCCAACGGGGAUAGUCCCUCGAGGCAGGCGGUAAACGGGACCGCCGAGGAGAACAGCUCUCCGCCGCCACCACUACGAGAAGACGACGAUACUAAAAGAGGAAUCUUAACAGACACGCCCCGGGAGCCUGCAGAAGAGGCAGAGGUGGACCAGGCGGUUGCCGAUCGAGAUGACGACGACGAGCGGGUCAUGGCACAGCAGAUGCAGACCAGAAAACAGCUGGCCACGGAGGAGGCGUUCGCCGUGGCGGCUGGUGUUGCCGAAGCAGUCAGCGCCGGGUCCAUGCAGGGCGACGAAGUCAAGCCCACGGUAUCGGAGAGGCGAGGAUUGCCCACCAGCCGGCCGGCCUUUUACCACACAGAGCAGCUCUUGACCCCCAAGGACCGGCCAGAGUCUCGAGCAUACCCCUUUGGCACGGGAUUCACGCCGGCAAACGUCCCGAGCCGGCCGUCGUCUCAGGAUCUCAACACUCCCACGCCACGCUCGAUGGAGGCCUCGCCUCAGCCGUCAGAUAACGUGGACGAACAAGACCUGCCCAAAAUCACGCGCGAGACCCUCUCUCUCAGACACGACGGCAAGGUGUACACUCAUCCGGAAAUCAUAGAGGGCGUGCCCCUGGAGAAGAUUGAUCCAAGCCACCCAUACUGGGAUCCUAAGUGGCCCGAUAUCAGGGGCUUGAUCGAGACGCCGCUUAAUCAGUGGCGGGAGAAGCACCAGCAGGCCAUGGAAUCAAAGGACAAGGGCGUAGACAAGGCCUCUACCCGAUUCCAGCUGGGACGGCAAGUCAACCGCGGCUUGAAAAUCCUCGAGUUCCUGGACGAAGGCGAGAUCAGCCCCUACCAGCUCCUGAGCAAGAAGUACACCACGUCUGGCAAGGGGAGCAUUACCUCGUACGACACCUUGUUCCGCCUGUGCGAGACGCUGAGCGAGCUGGCCAAGUACGGACUCGACAUUCACCCCCUGGAGUGGAUGCGGCAGCGUCUGCAUGAGCUGUGGGUUGAGCAGGGCGCUGCCUUUAACGUGUCCAGAAUCAUUCAUAAUUUCUACAACGAUCCCAAGCUGGCUGCACUGCGGACCAAGUCUGGGUUCAAAAACAUUGGCCGGCCAUCGGGCGUCAAGGCGAGCCGUCGUGGUGGCGGCGCACCCAACGACGGCCCUUUUUCGCAACAGAAGAAGCGGAAGAGCAUCUAUUCCAAUUCCGGGGCCCCCGGAGACAACGACAGGUCGUCCACGGACUUGACGUCCGAGGGCGGCAACGACGGCGCGAUGAUGGCGCCCGAAUCGCCAACUUCAGGGGGCCCAAUUACCAAACGCGCCCGGACGCUGUCCCCGUCCAUUCGACCGUACAGGACGCUCGUCGAAGAUACGGAGGACUAUACCGAUACCGACCUCUGGAGUGGCGCACCCAUUACGCAAAACGACUUUCGGGUGGACCAGAUCAAGACGCGGCUUUACACGAGCUCGCCCCGCGUGACGCAGUACUUGCACUGGAUGAAGGAGGGCCGAGUCUUGGAGCACCAGAUUCUCAAGGAGGGACAUCCCGUGCGGUGGGGGAGGCUCAGGGAGCCCAUCAACUUUGACGUGCGGCUGGAUGACUUGGUUGAUGUUGUUUGGAACCGGAGGGUGCUCAAGGCGCAUCUGAUCAUGAGCGAGCGAAGCGUGCAGGUUGCGUCGAGGGAUGGACGGCCUAGAGGGGAUGUGCUUGUGUCGUUUAGGCGGGAGAGGACGCUGAAGAGGCUGAUUCGGGUGCUUGAGAGGAUGGGAAUCCGGACCAUUGAGGGCUCUCAAGAGGAGUUGCAGCAUCGCUGGGCAGUCAUGCAAUCCGAGCAGCUAUCCGAAAGAGACGAGGAGAUCCUGGGUGACGAGCACAGGAGACCGGCCUCUUCGUCUAAACUGCCAGUUGCCUAUUAG